GAGAGAGAGAGAGAGAGGAAGAAAAGGUGUAAGACAGUGGUGAGGGGAGAUGCAGUUUGUCGAGCAGUCACAGUGGAUUUUGAAGAUUCCGAAGUCUCCCGGCAGAAUGUCUUCUCUACUUGUGAAGACUGAGAUUAGAGUUUUGACUUAGUUUAAUUCACCGCUUAUUCUUUCGAACUGCAAAAUCCUGCACUGUAGUUGGAGAAACGCUGCUUUCACUGCUGCAAAAUGAGAAGGCUUUGUUUGAACUUUGCCAUUGCCUGUCUGUGCCUCCUUCUUUUAGCGGUAAGUACCGUCGUUUGCAUUGCAGUGUGAAAUAUCUGUUUAUCUAUAUAUAUUUAUAUAUAUAUAUAUAUAUAUAUAUAUAUAUAUAUAUAUAUAUAUAUAUAUAUAUACAUAGUGCUACAAAUCAAUGCAUGCUAAAUAAAAGACAAAAAACCUAUUGUUAAUUUAUUGCAUUCCAAAUAAAGGGUGUUUUAGUUCUGAAUAAGAAAUUAAAUCUUCACAUUACAAAUGUAACUUUUAAUGUUGUUGGCCCAUUUAUGCUCUUGGAGAUGACUUUUGCAUGAUAAAACCAAAUCUAGCUCUGUGAUAUGAUUUAAUGACAUAGAAACGUGGUCACCAAAUUUGUUGAAGAAAUAUGUGGUGGAAAAUGUACUUGGCCUAAGUUGACUUUGGGACUUGAUAGUGCUUAUAAUAACAAUAAUGCAUCACAUCAGAUCAUAGCAUUUUUUAUCAGUGACCUUAAAGCGCUUUACAUUCACACAGUCACUCCCUGGUGGUGGUAAACUACCGCAGUAGUCACAGCUGCCCAUGGGUCUCCGGCCACCACCACACAACACUUACAAUCAUACACCAGUGGUGGACACACUCUGGGAGCAAGGUGGGUUAAGUGUCUUGCCCAAGGACACAACGGACAGACUAAGGAUAGGGGGAAUCAAACCUCCAACUUUCCAGUAAUUGGAUUGUCACUGAAAAGUUUGACACUCAUCACAUAGGUCCAAUUCUCUUGUUUGAAGAGUUUUUUUUUUUUAAUCUCAUAACAUUAGACUGUCUUGGGACUCGAAAAAUCAGCCACAUGAUGAAGUACUGGCCAAAUGCAUACUAUCAAAAUGGUACCAUCCUCAAAGUUUUAGAUUUAUCUUAUCUUGGGGCCUGUAUUUCAGUUCAAGGCAAAAUUACAAAUUGAUAUGCUUUUCUGUCAUUGAUCUAGAAUAGUCUUAUUUGAUCUUUUCUGAACCAACGGUCAACUGUGACAUCCAAAACUUUAAUUCUGAAAAGGUCAGAAAACAUCAAAGUGAUAUAAUUUGUGCUUUAGUACUUGAAUAUAAUUAUUUUUUAGCCUGUUAGUUUAAAAAUGGUUUCAUGCCUUAAAGUUUUUGAAACAUUCACAAUCUUUUUGAGUUUUAAAAACCAAGAAUGAUUAAGUUGUAAUUAAGCCAUUGGCAAGGGUGUUUAAUUCCACCCCUAUAAUACAAUAACUGCCAAGGUUUUUAGCUGCUGCAGGUGUUUUUUGUUUGUGUGUGCGUGCAUGUGCGCGUGUGUGUGUGUGUCUGUGUGUCUGCAUCCACUCAGUUGCUAUUACUCAUUUGCAGUUUCUGUGUUGGCAUUUUGACAUGGAGCCAAUGACAUGGCUGUCACACAGUGGGCUCCAAUUAGGGUAGGUGAGAACAGCACAUACAGUAGCUGGAGAUUUAGGCUUGCAUAGCUGGUGCUCACUUGGUUGUCGCAGAAGGCAAAGAUUGGCACACAGGGCUUGGGUGGAUGGGGCAGACAUUUGAAUCCCACUUGUUGAUGAGAAAUAAUGAUAUUGUGGGAGUUCCUUAUUUAGGAAACUAGGGGGCAGAAGAAACCUUAACUAUCCGUAUUUGGCUCCAGUUGAUGAAAAUAGAAUUCAAGUGCCAAACAAUCAGUGUGAUUAACUUUUUGUACAAGUUCCAAUUGUAUGGAUGCAUAAAUAACCUGUCAUCCGCUGAUAUGGAUGUGUUAAAACAAGAAAGCCUGACAAAUACAUUCACAUGGCUCAGUUAAUUUCAUACUUGAGGGUCUGCUAUCAUAAGGUCUGAACACUUGUUUUAACAAGCAAACUGUAACACCACAUGCUAACAGCGACAAAUCUCAGAAAACAAUCAAAAAGUCACCGCACUAAAGAAUUGGAAUUUUAGCAAUUUGACAGACAUCUCCAGGAAGCUGCAUUCUACAGAAGAUGCAUUUAAUUUCCUUCAUCUCUUGUCUCCUUUAGUCUGUGCUUUUCUACAGCCAAAGAAGACAGCAAGGUGGAUUUGACUAAAGCUCUUAGUGUUUCAACGGUACUCUGUUCUGAGCUAUAUGCCACAAAGUAUUACUAAUACCAAUGUGUGACUGAUUCACUGCAGUGUCUUUUGCAGUGACUUAGGCGGAACCACGUUCCUUUCUCAUACAAGCAUCUUGAUAAACUAGCCCAUACAUGAAGUCCUUUUAUAAGGUUGCACUGCAAGAGUUUGAUGAGAAGAGUGUGAUGGACGACGGUCUUAUUAAAAUGUGGAAAUGUGCUCAUGGUUCCUUGCCUAAAGGAGCUGAUCUGUUGAUCACAAUCAUCCAAGUCCUUCUCAUUUUGAGGACAUGAUACAACAAAACAUUAUUUUUCUUGCUUAAACUCUGGAUUACAAUAAAACUGCCCUUUAUUUAAGGUCAUCCUGCUGGCCUCUGAGCCUUUCUUCCUGUUCAUCUUUCUGAUAAUCAAUCUUAUGGAACAAUUACUGUGCGUAAAACAGAUGUCGGUUUCAGAAUUGUUUAUUCUUUCAUUAAGCUUAUAUCAGAAACAAAAUAUCUGCAAGUGCUAAAACACCUCUGAUGAAUGUGGAGUAAGAGACUUAUGGCUCUGUGUUGCCCCCAUUGUGACAAAUUUGUUUCAACUUGAAUUUGUCUAUGAAGUAUGUUGAAGAAAUUCCUGACAAACCUUAAAAACCAUUGAUCAGAUUUUGUGUCUUGGUUCUGUUUUCGUCUUUGAAAAGACGGAACAAAAGCAAGAUGUUUAGCAGAUAGACUACUUCAUAAAAGAGAAGUUGUUCAGAUAUGGAUGCAAGGACUUUCUAGAAAGUGCAGUUUUUUUUGUACCUAUGAGAAAAUAGAUUGCUUCUAAGUUUAUUCCGUUCUUUAUAAUGCUGAUUUAACCAAAUGCAGAUCUUAACCGAAAAUAAAAAUGACACGACAUAAGUCAGCUUUGAGUUUUUAAAGAUAGUUUUAUCACUGGAGCUGUAGUCUGAGCAAAAACGUAUAAAGUUUAAAUCUGCAAAAAUACAGUUUGUUACCUACCAUAAAUAAAUUAAACUGCAAAGUGGUCAAAGAACCAAAUAUAAGAAUAAACAGGAUUAUUUUUUCUUGAAAACAUCAGAGUAACCUGAUUUGGCUGUGAUCCAUUGUAAAGUCAAGAGCCUUAUUUGUGCUGAGAUAUCAGCACCAAUCUCAAAACAAAAAAUAUAUAACGCUGUUUUAACUUCAGAAUUUCAAAAUAGCAAAAAGUCUGUUCCAAAAAUAGGUGCCUUCACUUUCUCCUUCACAGGAACAGUUUCUUUGGAAAAGGCAAUACUAAGGAAAACUUAUCAGUUUAGCUUGUCAAGAUUGCUAAAAUUCAUAAAGAAUCAUUCAAAGAUGUAUUUUUAAAUGUGUUAGCUAAACAAAAUGAAUUCUAUUAACCCCCAUUGUGUUUGGUUAUGACCUUUUAUCAGGUGACAAAAUGUACUCUACAUUUGUGGCUGUCCUAAACUCACUUUUAAUCGUGCACAGGUUCAAGAAACAGCGGAGCCCUUGAACUUUCAAAGCCAGCAAUGGAGGGAGGGGGAGGGAAGAAGAGGAGACACUGAAGGAGCUGCUUUGAAGGUAAAACACAUUUCCAAAGACCUAAAGAUCAUCUCAACCAAACACAAAACACCUGCCUUGGGUUCCCUUGGGCCAUAUGGAUGGCCCCAGAACUUUUCCCAAGCUCUGGAUCAGUAUCUGUACCACACCUCUCCCAAAUCUAAACCUCCCGCAAAAACAUCUGCAAAGACCAAGAAAAUCCUUGGUUGGGGCGACUUUUACUUUAAUGUAAAAACAGUGAAGUUCAGUCUCCUGGUUACUGGAAAAAUCAUUGAUCACAUUAACGGAACGUUCAGCGUCUACUUUCGUCACAACUCAACCCAUCUAGGGAACAUAUCUGUCAGCAUUGUUCCACCUUCCAAAGCUGUGGGAUGGGAGAUUUUGGAUUCUACAGUUCAUACCAAGAACUCAUUCCUGGUCUCUGAUCUAACAUCCCCACUCCAGGGCCCCUCUCAGUCCACCACUUUGAUCCCUCCUGAGCAGCAGAGGCAGCAGCAAGAGGUCAUGAUGGUGACUGAACUCAACUGCCGGAUAGAUUACCAGCGAACUAACCGGUCCAAGAAGACAAAGCCAUGCAUGUACGACCCAGGACAGACAUGCUACUCAGAAAACACCCAGUCCAAGGCUGCCUGGAUCUGUGCAAAACCUUUUAAGGUUAUCUGCAUCUUUAUAGCUUUCACUGGUACUGAUUACAGGCUGGUGCAAAAAGUCUGUCCAGACUACAACUUUCAGACUGAACAGAAUCAGCAGCACUUUGGGUGACGGGUUCUGAGGUGUUGUAAAAUAUGAAAUAUAUGUUCGCUGGAUUUCAUGCAUACAUUUUUUUUUUAUUGUUUUCAAUUUCCUCAAAGAGAUUGAAAUUGGCUGCUUUUAUGUACCUUUGAAAACACCUUUCAAGAUGUCUAUGAGUGCACUUUAAAAUUGUGUUAAUGUAACAAUUGUUAGCAAGGAACUUUUAUUAUAUAGCUUUGUGUUGUUUGAAACUAGUUGCUCAUUUUAGAGAACUAUACAUUGUUUUUAAAAAAGAGAAGCUCCUCUUGAUUCAUGCAUUCAAUUUACGUAUGGUGUUGUUACCAUAUAUAUAUAUAUAUAUAUAUAUAUAUAUAUAUAUAUAUAUAUAUAUAUAUGUAUACAUAUAUAUAGUUUUCUGAAGAGCUCGAUACAAGUUAAGAUUCAAUUUUCACCACUGAAGUAUAAUGUCAUUACUCAUGAGUUAUACAAGAUGCUUAUAGCUCUGCUUGUUUUUUUUUGUUUUUUUUUUGUUUUUUUUUACCACAAAAGUGAUUGCCCAUUAUUUGUAAACUAAGCACAACACAUCAUAAAUAAGAUACUACUUCUUUGAGGUUAAAACGGGGGUGGAUGAAACAGAUAAUUUUUGUAGCCACUGUUAUCAGUUUCACAAAGUAGGCAUGUCCUUGGCUUCCCUCCAGUGCAGAUUUUACUUUCACCCUUUGCACUUUGAAAAAUUUCCUGUUUUCCCAGCCCUUCACUGUCACAGACAUGAUUUCUUUGUUACCACGACAAACAGUACGGGUGACUACAUUUAUUUGAUAAUGCAUUUAUUUUUUUUUAGCAAAUUUAGGGAAAGAUCAAGAUUUUAUUUUUAUUUGUAAAUGCUAUCCCACCUGAAAAACAGGUGUAAAUUAAUCAGGUUAAACUGUAGAACUAGGCCAGCUUGUCACCCAGUGUAACCUCAGCAUGGAUUGGAUUGUCUGAUGUCAAGAGUACUGUGUGUUUAAAUUUUCAGUCUGCUGCUUCAACUGCAAAGGUGUCACUUGUUUUGUCUUAUGCCUGUAAUUAUCUCAGACAGACAAAUGGAAAAAGGAUACAGUGUCUCUGUUUUUACUCAAUUACUUUGUUGUUAAAGGAAAGUUGACUCGACACUGUGUGCUUUGUGCAUAACAUUAUAAACUAACAAACAUAAUGAAUAUAAGAUGAAAGAAGCCUUUCUCAAACAUAUGUUUGUGCUUGAACGGUAAUCUGUAUUAGACCAAAGUAGAACAUAGUUACAUAACUAUCAUGCAGUUACAAGCUGCCUUCAACAAACAAGGCCCUGAUAAAUAAGUCACUGUGUGUGUGGCUAGCCCACAUUACACUUUUCAUGUCCAAGGUUUUCCAUAGCUGCUGAAUAACACGCUUGUUUUUCACUGUCUUUCAUUUAAUGGAUUGUUUAGAACAUCAAAAGGAGCAUUAUUCUAGCUCCCUUGUUCCUGCACCCCUGGUGCAAAGUAUUAUUAUUCUAAAUGAUGAAAGUGUUUUUUACAGACUCUCUCUUCCUGAGGGUUUCUAAAGACACCAAAGCAGAAAUCUUGGACAAAAAAAAAAAAAAGAAUAAAUCCCACCCCCACCCCAUCCACCCAAAGAAUUUUACCCCGAACACAGUUUAUAUGGCAAUAGAGAGUUUUAGCAAAUUCUUUGACUUGGUAUUCAUCUUUUCUACAAGACGGUAUCAACCUCUCUCAAUUGUCAAAUGAUUCAGUUAGCUUUAGGCAUGACGUGCUAUCUGACCCAAAACUGAGCACUAUUUACUCUGACAGAAAACUAUUUCUGAGAAAGUACAGAUGAAGUUGUUGUUUGAAAGGAUAUUUGUUUGUUUAUCCAUCCCCCCAUGCAGCCCCUCUUUCUAAGAAUUACAGGUUGUCUGGCUAGGCGGGGCCGAGAAGGAGAGGUAAUAGCAGAGACAUGUAGCCGAAGCCUCAGUGGCACCAUUGUGUGGACAGGGCAAGAGAGCCUGGCACAGGAUGACCCAGAGAUGUGGAGCCUCCUGCAGCAGGAGAAGGACAGACAGUGUCGGGGACUGGAGCUUAUCGCAUCAGAGGUGAGCUUCAUUCAUGAGACAGAUGCAGAUAAGUGAAAAUGGUUUGUUGCAUGUCUUGAUCCAUUUGAUUAACCAGCUGCUUUUUAAAAAGAAAAACACAGUUAACUAUGGUUUAUGUACAGUAUUUAAAUAUGUUAACUUCAUAUUAGUAUUAUGGACCUGCGAGAUUAAUUGCUGUAAGAUAUGCCCAUCAGCCAUAACAUUAUGACCCCAGACAGGUGAAGUGAAGACCACUUAUUAUCUCCAAAUAACAGCACCUUUUUUGUAGGUGUGACAUGUGAGGCAUUGAUGGACCAAUUUUUCUUUAAAUUUGAUGUGUUGAAAGAAGAAAGUUAUCAAGCAUGUAGCGAUUUGAAUUUAUAAUAGAUGUCCUAAGAUAAUAAUAUUUAACUGUGACAUUUAUGCACUCGAUUUAUGCACUUGUUAGGGGCACCACCCACUUUUAAUCGUGGGAAAAUAGAGAAAAACAAAAGUUUAAUCCAGAAAUCAAACAUUAGGUCAGUUUAAAAUUAAUCAAUCUGACAUCUCAAGCAGAAAUUCUCAUUUCAGGGACUCCACUUCUGGAAGAACACUAACAGACAAGAACUGAGAAAAAAAAAAAAGAUUGGUUCAUUACAGGAUAAAUGAUGGUACAACAUACAUGAAAUAAGUGAUGAUUUAAUACUGAGGAUAAAUAAUAAUAACAGAUGAAUGAAAGAUUCUGAGUCAGACUAGGAUAACUAAAGUUAAUGACAGAGAGUGAAUAUGCGCUAACAUAUUAACCUACAUUAACUUAGGUGUAGAGAUAAGUUUGGAUGUAGGUUUGAAUGAAUUUAGGAUUACUGAAUUAGCCAGUAGUUGAAUAAUGAAUGCAUGAGACAGCAUCAGCCCUGUUGGAGCUCUGGAGGUUUGCAUACAUCAGUGAGACCGGUCCUUGGAGAAGAUGGAGCAGGUAGCGAAGGUCCGGGCUGCCAGCAGUUUGAGAGGUUUGGCUCAGAAGACGACCAAAGUCAGAUGAAGGAUGGGCCAGGAGUCACAGCACACAGGCCUGAAUGCAAAAAGCAGCACCUUAUGGUUCCUUUGGAUGCUCCUUUGGUCUCACACCAAAACUCUGGCUCAGGGGAUGACUUUGGGCCUGCUGGGUGGCAUUCAGAGGCAACUUUGAAAAAACGCAAAGAACUCAGAAAAAGAAGUUCACUGACCAGUCGAAACUAUUUCAAAAAUGACCUUGUGAAAUUUAAGAAAAAUAAGUCAAAAACUUCAUCUUGAAUAGCUAUGUACAUAAAAAAAGUUGAAGUUUCCAAACUUGAACUAAGACUAUGUCAACGAAAAAUCAAACAACAGGAAUGAACACAUGGCAUAAAACUUAGAGGAAAAAAUAUGACUAAGUAGUAAGAGAAAACAGAAAAAGAGAGUAAGCCUAAGACAGUGAGCACCCCAACUUUAGUGUCUCUGGGGUGUGUGUGUAUGUGUGGAGAGAGAGGAGGGGUCGCUGGUCUCCUGCUGCAGCUCCUUGAGAGCUCCUUGAUCUAACUUGUACUUUUUGCUGGCAAAGGAGUCAGAUCUAACAUUCAUUCACUAUGAUUAAUAUCAUUGAAUGCUUGUUUCAUAAUAAAUUAUUUAAUACCAAACACAAAUGAAGAAAUGUAGAAUCAUAUCAAACAUUCUCAUUAUGUUUUAGGUAUCAUGUUGAUCAUGCUAAAUUACUCUGAAAUGAAACAGAUAGUAACACAUGGAAACUGUGAACAACAAAAGAGUAAACACAAUAAAUUUUAACACCUAAAAGUUCAUGAAACAGUCUGAAAAGCUGUUGGUCUAAAGAAACUGAAGAAUAAAGGAUUUAUUCUGUCAGAGUGAUAACCUGGCUUCUGGAGCACACAGAAAAGUGGGACACAUCUCAUUUUAACACAAAUUUCAUGAUUAGACAGAUUAGUACAUUGCUGAAUGUGUCAGACGUCAUGAUCAGUCAUUUGUAUUCUUUCUGCAGUUUUUAGGUUCACAGGCUCUAUAAUUCUCCUGCUCUGACCAACUACCAUCAGUCUGGAGAGGACAUUUGUUCUGUUUCUUGCAUCAUACAUGGAGUGUGUUUAUGUGUGAAAGUGACACUGGGAAAACAGGUGUAGUUGAACACAUAAAGCCUUUCUUACUUGCUUUUCCCACUUAUCCAGGAAGAGUAAGCAGACUAUUUCUACAGUUAACACGUACAGUUAUAGAUUCCUGUGUGUCAGCCCUGAUGCAAAUAUUGAACCCUCUGUUCUUAAACAACAGGGUCAAAAUUUGCAUCAGGGCUGACACACUGAUCAGCCAUAAUAUUAUGAACACAGUCUUGUCUUUUGACAAAACCAGAUCCAUCACUGCCAAAUUAUCUGUUUAUAUGUGAACUUUUUUUCCCAUGAUUAUGAGCAAGGUGAAAUGUGCAGUUUUUUUGCAGGAAUGCCGUUUAUUUUGAUUUUUCAGCUACAGAAUAGAGGUCGUCCAAAUUGUGCUUAUAGGCAAUCUGAAAAGGGUUAUUUAAGAUUUUUUUUUGUGACAGAGAAAGAAAGAAAAAACAACUAUAACUGUGGAGAAACCCUUUUUCAGCAAUUGUAGUGUAACUACAAUUCACAUGGGUUAUAGUUUCUAGAAUUUAACUGUUUCUUCAGGGAGUUCAUCAAAAUUUCCUUUGCAUUCUUUCUCAAGUCACCAGUUUCAUCUAAGUGGAAGCUUUGGGAAAAGAGGCAGCUUUCAUUCCUCUAUUCUCUAGCAAUUAUGAAUCCACAGCACUAUCACUCACAAUGACAUCUGAAAGAUUUUUAUCUUCUUGUGCAUGUGGUGUCAGUAGCAGCUGCAGGCAGACUCCCAGUGGGGAGCCCCUGUUUUUCUUCAAGAACACAGUCUAAUGAUCCCAAUAGGUUCCCUCACUCACUGAUCUCCACAUUUUAAGCUGAGACAGAAAAUGAAAAGGCCAUGAUUUAUGUGUGUCUUUGAAUGUGUUGAGAAAGUAUUCUAAAAUGUCAUGGAGACAGUUUUAUGUUGCAUGGGGAACAGGUUUAAAUCCCACAGGAAUGACUGAGGGAUCCUUGAACAGUGACAGGUACGGUGGAAUAACAGGUAGAGGGGGUGGCUGAAGAGGACAGAGAGGAGAAGGAAGGAAGAGAUUAGGAAGGAAAGAAGGGAAAGGAAAAGAGAGAGGGGGUAAGUGGGAGUACAAGUGAGCAAAAAAAGAGACUUAGAGAGGAAGAAAAAUUACUUUACAUUAAUUUUCUUUUCUGCAGCUCUAUCCCCCCUCUGAGCCAUGAGUGUCUCUGGCAGAUUUGACAUUAAAUGGAACCUCACAUGGAGUUACUGUGACUUGAAUUCUUAUUUAUACAGCCCUUUAAUGCUUAAUAUCAGCUCCAAGUCUUUACAGCUUUUACAAAAUACUGAUGAGCCUCUUAAACAAUCCAUGCAAAAAAAAUCAAACAGAAGGAAGUCUUUGGAUUAUCAUCCUAUGAAUCUGGAACUUGUCUUAUUGAUUAUGUGGUUGUUUAUUUUGCAGGAGAAAUGCAUGUACUUGACCUUAAUUGCAUGCUGGAUAAAGUUUACACUUCAGUUGUAAUGUGUUGCUGUGCCUUUCUGGAAAAGAGCAGGAGUGUUCAGGGUUAUAUUUGAAUGUCGACAACAAUGUCCUUGUUUAUUCUGUCAGAACUUCUGCAGCCGUGCGGCGCUGGAGGCUCAGGGCUCCUGUCUGAACAACAAGUACUCUGAGGGAUACCCAGGACAAAGGUAAUUGCAGGGGUAAUGCAGGUCAAUGUUUACAAACUGUUAAAUCAAUUUCAAAACCUCAAGCUUUGAAUAAGGAAUAUUCUGUUUCUGUCUGUUCAGCCAAGUGGAGAAAAUCCUCAUUAAAACCCUGUGUUUCUCAGGUACUAUGGAGGUGCAGAAAUAGUGGACCAAAUUGAGUUACUGUGUCAGAAGCGAGCGCUCACUACCUUUGGUCUGGACCCAAACCUGUGGGGUGUUAAUGUCCAGCCUUAUUCUGGAUCCCCAGCAAACUUUGCAGCCUACACAUCUGUACUGGAACCUCAUGACCGUAUCAUGGGUCUGGACCUGCCUGAUGGAGGACAGUGAGUGAACAUGUGGAAGCCCAAGAUAGAAAUGAGUGACUCCACUCUUUUUUUUUUUUUACACCAAACAUUGAUACAGAUUUGAUUUAAAAGUAACACACUUAACUUAAGUUUGAAAUUUUUGGUGAGUAAGCUCAGUUUGUACUUUGUUUGACUAGAAAUGUGAUAAUACCAAUACAGUGCAAUAAGAACUUUAUAUUACCAAACAUAUGACGUAAUAACUUUUAAGCUUGUGAUCCUUACAGGGAAUUUCAGAUAAGUAACCAGUACAAUUUAGGUGUUAUGCCAUAGAAAUAGAAAUCAAUUUCACAGCUGUAUAUAAUGCAACUUCAUAGACAUUAUUAUAUUUUCUGAUUUUACUAUGGUAUUUGUUACGAUGGUUUUUGGUUACACAAAAAAUAUAACAGAGAUCUGGUAAUUACAAACCAUUACUGUAUCUGACUACAUGAAAUUAAUGUUCAUAUGUACACAAAACUGGGACCACAACAAGAAAGAUGAAGCUCAGAAAACUGUGGUAGAAUCCAACUAACCACUCACUUGCUGAACACUGGGACACUCACUCAGCUGAAAUUCACCUUACUAAAUCUGCUCUCUUUCACCGCAUUUCAGCCUCACCCAUGGCUACAUGUCAGAUACCAAGAGAAUCUCAGCCACCUCCAUCUACUUUGAAUCAAUGCCUUACAAGCUGGAUGUGAGUUGUAAAUAGAAAUAAUGUACAAACCAACAUUUCCAAAAAUAGCUAUUCAGGAAACAACUAAGGCUGCACGAUAUUGGAAAAAAAUAAUAUUGCGAUUUUUUUCAACCCUGCGAUAUAUAUUGCGAUAUUAAAAAUACAGGAAUUUUCACCAGAUGACCUGAAUAGCAUUUAAUGUUAUGCUGCACUGCUGAAAUCUUAAGGACAGUUACCCUGCACUGAUCUUACCUCUUUUUGUGAAUGUUAGAAUGGCUUCUGUCUCAGAGAUAUUUUUAGCUUUUAUUGUUCUGGGACGUUAUUGUGGCAACAGAUUAACACAGAACACGUGUUAUGGUCAACAUCAUCCUUCUUUUAACCGAAAUAAUUCCAGAUAACUGACUUUCCUUUUCUUUUGGGCAACAAAUCUUCAUUUUCGGUGGUUUUCUCUUGUUCGUUGCUCAUUUUGCGAUCGUUGUUGUUGUUGUUAGCGGUGUUGUGCCGAGAAACGCAUGUCCUCCGAGAAUUGCAUGCACCUCGCAAAACGCGCACCGCUUAUAGUUGAGUGGUUCACGGAAAUGUACAAUUUAAAACCCAUACAGUUCUUAUUUGUUGGGCUAAACAGUCAUGAGUAAAGUUCCGAAAGUAAUUCUCAGCGGACACACGUCUCCCUCCAUGUGCAGAACAUGUGCAGGGGUGGGUUUCCUCCUCUCUGAUUUUGAUUGACAGCUGGCAGGGUAGUCUGAUUGGCAACUGAGAAGUGAGUCUGAUUGGCAACUGAGUUAAGGACGAAUGUGAUUGGUGGAUCGCUGCACAGCACAUGCAGAGUCACAUGCAGUGUAUCUCAGUCAGUUACCCUUGAAAUUAAAUGAGUUCAUUCACCUCCAAUAUCGCAGGCUCGGCGAUGUGACUAUCGCACACACGUACAUCGCGAUGACGAUAGUCAAACGAUAUAUCGUGCAGGCCUAGAAACAACUGCUUUAUCUGUGGAAAAAAAACGUAACUGUAAGGUACUGAUCUAUCUGUCUCUUUCAUGCAAGCCCAAAACAUGUCUGAUAGAUUAUGACCAGCUGGAGAAUACUGCACGACUUUUCAGACCAAAACUCAUCAUAGCAGGAACCAGUGCUUAUGCUCGCCUCAUCAACUACUCUCGCAUAAAGAAGGUUUGUGUGAUAUUACGAAUCAUAACUACUAUAGUCUACAGUUGCAAUGGUACUACUACUAGCAAAAAUGUUUUAAUGCUCACUUUAGUGAAAAGCAGUUUCAUAGAUCUCCUGAGCAAGAAUAGAAAAUAUAACAGUAAUAAAACAGGGAACAACACAACAAAAAUCAAUCUACAAAUAGCAGGAUUAUAAACAAAUCCUUUACAAUCCUGAUGUGACUGUGAAAUGCACACAAUCAUAUGGCUGUGUGCAUUUCAGCUGUGUGUGGAGCUUAAUGCCUUCCUGCUGGCAGACAUUGCUCAUAUCAGCGGCCUGGUUGCAGCAGAAGCUAUUCCCUCUCCUUUCCAUCAUGCUGACCUGGUGACCUCCACUACCCAUAAGUCUCUGCGUGGCUCAAGGUAAGGGCCUGGGUGUCAAAGAACCUGAAAAACAACAGUUUAUUGUCUGCUGAAAUCUUAAAAUGAUAACAUGUUACAGGCAAUUGAAUAACAAAAACACACGCUCCCCCAUUAAGGAUUGUACUGCAAAUUGAAAAUUGAGGACCUUUAAAUGUGUCCUUGCGUUGUCUUGUUAUAAUUUGUCUCUGUGCUCUGCAGAGCUGGUCUAAUAUUCUACAGGAAGGGUGUGCGAUCUGUGGAUAAGAAAGGUCGGGAGGUGACUUAUGACCUCCAGGACAGGGUGAACUUUGCUGUGUUUCCAUCACUUCAAGGAGGACCUCACAACCAUGCCAUUGCUGGGGUGGCCGUUGCCCUCAAACAGGUCCAGUGUUUGCAAAUUUGACAAAGCAAAAAUGAGCAAAAAACCUUCGGGAAGAAUAUUCAGCAGAUCAUCACAGCAUCUAUUUGACCCCAGAACAUCAUGAAUAGAACACUGAAGUUUUACUUGUCAAGCAGUCUCUGUUCAUGUGAUCUGUUACAGGCUUCUACUCCAAUGUUCAAACAGUAUAUCGCUCAGGUGCUGCUGAAUGCCAAGACAAUGGCCGACACUCUUCUGAAAAAAGGCUACACCCUGGUGUCAGGUGCUCGCAAUACAUAUGCUUUCAACAAUUGUUUAAAUUUGUUAAUAACAAAAAGAAUAUUUCAAGUUUAAAAUUAUUACAAACUCAGCAACACAUGUCCUGACUAAGACCAGGAGGUGGGCCCACAUUACACCAGUUUUAGAAUCAUUGCAUUGGCUCCCUGUGUGUUUUAGGAUCGCUUUUAAGCUUCUUUUACUUGUUUUUAAAUGUCUUAAUGAUCUUGGGCCUUCUUAUCUCUCAGAAAUGCUUUUACCUCAUGACCCUGCGCUCCUCUGGCAGCAGGCUCCUAGUUAUAGGGAACCGAAGUCAUGCUAACUUCCGGGUUAGCAUACGGUCCUAUGGAGCCCAUCAAAAUGAAUGGACAGAUUUAUAUAACUACUGGUCCGCUUUGGUAUACGCCGUGGAUUUCACAUAUAAUGUUUAUCAUGUUUAAAUUUACAUUUUAACCUCGAAAAAGCCGUGAUUUUAGACAUGUUGCUAUAACUACAGUUUAAUUUAGAGUGAGACCACGUAAUGAACUACACCGCUCGUCGCACUAUUUUUGCGUCACUGUCUAAGCUUUAACAGACGACGCAUUUCAUGUAAGUCUCACCUGAUUAAUUGAAUCCACCGACUCCUUUUCUUCUUAUCAGCCGGGAAAUGGCGAAAGGAACAUCCUGCUGAACUAUUAUGGUGACAUUCUGGCACAAAACACACAGGCAUUUUGGCAAUGAUAACGAGUUGACAGGAGUUGUCAGCUAGCUAGAAGUAGAAAUACUGACGUGACGUCAUUUACGCGACUUCUUGAGGUUUGUAGUCUCUCCAUUUACGUGUUUUCAAAGACAAAUAGAUCAACAAUUACACAACAAACAUAGCCUUUAUUUACCUUAAUGGUUAUCAUUUAAGUUAAAAUACAACAUAUUUGUGACUCAGGGUGUAAAACAAAGCGGACCAGAAAAUACCAUAGACCUGUCCAUUCACUCCUAUUAUCCCAAUAGGACCUAUAGCGCUAACGCGGAAGUGGGCGUGGCUUCGGUUCCCUAUUCCCAAAGUCAGGACACACUCCCACAGCGAGGCGUCUUUUCAAUAUUACGGGCCUCGUCUAUGGAACAGCCUGCCAGAGGACCUCAGGGCCACAGAGAAGGUUCAUGCUUUUAAGAGCAGGCUCAAGACCCACCUUUUAGCUUAACUUUUGAUUGAUAUGUAUUUUUUUUAUCUCCAUUUAUUCUAGUUAGCUUAGGUUCUUAUUCCAUAUUUAUCUUAUUUAUUGUCUCUGAGUUGGUCUGUGUUUUGUUUUAUUCAGAUCUUAGUUUUUAUUUGUUUUUAAUCCUUUUAUCAUUUUUAAGACCCCAGUGUUUCCUCUGGCUGAACCCUCAGCACCAGGAGCAGUGGUCAGCUGUGGUUGCAGGGGCCGGUCACAGGGUUCCUGGUGGAGGGUGGUGUCUGCCACAUCUCUCCUCUGGCCCUGUGUCGGUGUCCUGUGGCUGUGGGUGGCUCUCUGCUCCUGGUGCUGAUGGCUCCUCUGAUGGUGCUUUCUCAACUGGUUCAACUGUACUCAGCCUCAUGUUCAAUGUCUUAGUAUCCUUAUGUAUGGCUGUUAGUGUUUGUGUGUUUGUGUGUGUAUGUGUGUGUUUGUGUGUGUGUGUGUGUGUGUGUGUGUGUGCGUGUGCACGUGUGUGUGUGUAUGUGGCUUUAGGGUAGACUUUGUUUGUGACGUUUUUGUUUUUUUUGUUUUUAAUGGACUGUAAAGCACUUUGUGUUACAUCCUUUGUAUGAAAAGCGUUUUAUAAAUAAAGUUUGAUUUGAUUUGAACAUUUUUAAUAAGAUUUAAUUGCUAUCUGAAUUCUGUAUUUGAAACUUAAAAAAAUCCACUUAAGGAUUCGAUGAAGCUGUAAGUUGUAAAAGAAGGUUAUUUAGAGGAAUCUGAGGGUACUAUGGUUAUCUUUAAGUGGGCUUGUGGGAAGAAUGAUAAAUAGUGAAGGUUUCGCAGCAUUUAGAUUUCACUAGAAUUCGAUCAGUCUCAAAUCAAAUAUAAAAGGUAAUGCCUGCUUCUUUACCUCAUGCUUUUAGGUGGAACAGACAACCACCUGGUUUUGGUUGACCUUCGGCCUCGUGGUAUAGAUGGGGCUCGAGCGGAGAGGGUCCUGGAGCUGGUGUCCAUUACGGCUAACAAGAACACCUGCCCAGGAGACAAGAGUGCUCUUGCUCCUGGAGGACUCAGACUUGGUACCCCAAAUUAGAGCAUGAUAAAAGUUCAGAUAGAUAGAUAGAUAGAUAGAUAGAUAGAUAGAUAGAUAGAUAGAUAGAUAGAUAGAUAGAUAGAUAGAUAGAUAGAUAGAUAGAUAGAUAGAUAGAUAGAUAGAUAGAUAGAUAGAUUGAUUGAUUGAUUGAUUGAUUGAUUGAUUGAUUUAGUGCCAGUAACUGCAGGAGUGUUGUUUAUUUCUGGCAAUACUCCAUCAACUAGUAAUGCACUAUAGUUUUUCCUCUCCUUACUGUUUCUGUCGUUUUUGCCCCUAGGCGCUCCAGCUUUGACCUCCCGACAGUUCAAGGAGUCAGACUUUGAAAAGGUUGUGGAGUUCAUUGAUGAAGGGAUUCAGAUUGCACUGGAUGUGAAGAAGAAGACUGGUAAGGGGGAAUGACUUUCUAUGGUUUGCUUUUAAAAUUGAUUUAUUAGAUCAAAAUGUGAAAUACAACUUGAGGACAUUGUUAAACAGAUUUAUGGGACGAAAAAAAUUGUAUGUUUUGAUUUAUUUGUCUCCCAACAGGAAAUCUGGCCAGCUUCAAGUCUUUCCUGCUGGAGGACUCGGAGACAGUGUCACGGCUUGCAGAGCUGCGUCAGCGGGUGGAGCUAUUUGCCAGGCUCUUCCCUAUGCCUGGAUUCUCUGACCACUAAUGACACCCCACACAAAGAAGCAGAAAGCCAUCACUGAGUGGAUAUUUGUUUGAGGACUACUCUUAUGUAGCAGCCCUCGAUCAUCUUUAUCAUGUUCAUGAAAAAAGUACUGUUUCACAACAUUGUUAAAGGGGACCUGCCACCAAAAUUUCAUACCCAUUUUUAUCAAUUUUUCAUAAUCCUUGAUGUCCUCUGAUCAUGUUUGCAACAUAAUUUUAGCUGAAAAGUUAUUUGAUGGUUUGUUUUAGUAUGCCUAAAAAACCUUACAGGAAAACCAACUGGUUUUGGCUCAUUAACAUUUAUGGUAAUGAGCUUUGCUCUGAUUGGAUCGCUGCUGUGAAGCCUGCUGUGCUCUGAUUGGCUCAGCAGUGGAGGUUCGGAUUUCGGUUUAUCCACUGUUAUUAUGUUAAUGCUAAUAGCAUAUGCUAAUGUGUGCUAAAGUAAGGUGCCCAGAUGUCUGUAAUGAUAUCCGGGGAUAUUCGGCGGUGGUGCAGGGGCUGCAGGAUCACAGACAAAGUCUCGGUAGCAGCGCAUGCCCCUUGUAAUAACCCCCGUAAGAACUGUUGUUCAGGACUGCUAACUAAAUUCGGCUACUGUAAUAACCGUUGUUCGAGCCCACACGCAACAUUUUUGCUCUCAUUAAUGAAACGCUUAAAUCGGGGACAUUUUCGGGGACAGCUUUUGCCGGGGACAGAUCAUCCAAUACGGGGACUGUCCCCGGAAAUCGGGGACGUCUGGUCACCUUAUGCUAAAGGCUAAAAACGGCAGGUAUUAAACCAUAUAUUUUAGACCCCGAGUCCGAAGAGGAGGUGGAAGUUGAGGAAGAAGCCGGAGAUCUCCAGCGGUGUUUUCUCAUUCAUUCUGCCCGGCUUUAAGUUCAUUUUCCCGGCAGUGAACCGAAGGAAACACCGAUCGUUUGGAAGAGACCCAUAGCGGAUACAGCGGUACCUGGGUCUCGCUCUGGCUGUGACUGAGUACGAGUACGAGAACGAGAGAGUGGGCGCGGCUCACCGAGGACGCGCUCGUGAAUAAUAAUGAGCAAGGUCGGCGCAACGUAACACCGACGGGCUUUUUCUCGUUCCUUGAUUUUAAACCUUUACAGAAUGCAAACGACGUAACGGUUUGUUUUCACAUGUACAACAUAAGACGAACAUAAUAUGGACCUUAUAUGACACAAAAAACCCCAAAAAUUACAUUUUUAUGGCAGGUCCCCUUUAAGUUCACAUCAGUCUUUCGAACUUAAUUCUGAAUCCAAAUAUAAAAUCUAUAAAAUCAUGUCUAAAAACAAACAAACAAACAAACAAAAACAUUGUAAUGUAAUUUUAUGUAUGAUUGAAUGGUUGUACAUUUGUUAUAUUCCUAGCAUGAAAAUGCAGUUCAUAAACCAGGAUUAGUUUAUAAAUUCUUUCAACCAAAUAAGAGUGUUAAUGCAUGUGUGGACUAUACCAGCACUUCUCCUGUAGGCAUCUAUUGUUGCUAAAACUGUAAUGAUACAAAAGAUAGUGAAGAACACCAAAGCCAUCUCACAAAAAUCUUUACAGAAGUUCUGUAGUUGAAUUUGAUACUGUUAAUUAAUUUUUUAGUUCAUAACAGUUAUUAGUGUAUCAUAAUAGUGUAUUAUUAGGAUUUAAAGGUUUAUACUGUGCUCAGAAUGAGAAAUUGGGGGUUUAUCAGUGCCUCUUUAUGUACCUCAGCAAUUCACACCUUUACUGUAGUAAUGUUUCAGCCUGUGUUAUUAUUUUCAAAAACUAUUUGGUAGAAUAAGUCACUACACACCGACAACUACCCAGUACUUUGUUAGAUUCACACAGAGCACUACAGGAAAUUACUGUUAAACCUACUUAAAAUAGAAAAAAGUGUUUUUCUUACAACAGAUCCUAAUAUGGUGAUAAUGAUGUUUUUAAUGGAGAUUGUUCACAAAAGCCUAAAAUUGUGGUUCAGUAACUCUUUAUAGCUCUGCAGAGGCUAGAAGGAGCAGGUGGGUUUCUGUAUCAUGUUUUUCUGUACUGAGCUUUUACAUGAGGACUUAUUGAUGCCAUGCUUUGUUCCAUUCCCUGAUAAACUUACUGCAGCUGGGUAUUGUACAGACUUAGAUAGAAUGUUAAGGGAUUUUUUUGUGAUCUAUGACAUUUUUUUGUGUCUUAACUCUGAUGUCUUCAUGAUGUUUGAUCACAAUUAAAGCAAUCCUGAAUGUUGC